AUGGGAACAGAAUUGAUCAAUGAUUCAGUUCAACAAUGGAUCAGUGCAUUAACUGGUGCUGCAAUUGUUGGUCUUAUUGGUGUUUUACCUCUUUUUAUUGUUCCUAAUGAACAAAACAAAAAAGAUAAACCUUAUUUGGAAAUCUUAUUAAGUGUAGCUGUUGGAAGUCAAUUAGCUGAUGUUUUUUUGCAUUUAUUACCAGAAGCAUUUUCUCAUCCACAUGCAUCAUCAACAUAUAUUGGUCUUUGGACACUUAUUGGUCUUUUUAUUUUUUUUAUUAUUGAACAAAUUUUUUCUCAAGAUAAUUAUCAAGAUUUUUAUUCUCAAUCUCAACAAUUAACACAAAAAAAAAUCAAAACAACUGGUUAUUUAAAUUUAUUAGCAAAUUUUAUAGAUAAUGUAACACAUGGUGCAGCUAUUGGUGGAAGUUUUGCUGUUAGUCCUUUAAUAGGUUUGACAACACUUGCUGGAAUAAUAAUUCAUGAAAUUCCUCAUGAAAUUGGAGAUUUUGCUAUUCUUUUACAAUCUGGUUUUGAUCGUCGGCAAGCAACUAAAGCUCAAUUUAUCACUGGUCUAGGAGGACUUAUUGGAGCUUCUAUUGCUCUUUUUUAUUCACAUUUACUUCAUAAUACUUUAUGGGUAUUACCUUUUACUAGUGGCGCUUUUCUUUAUGUAGCUUUGGUUAAAACAGUACCUGAUUUGUUAAAAGAAAAUGAUUUAAUGCAUUCUUUUAGACAAUUAAUCGGCCUAUGUGGAGGUCUUUUUAUUAUUUAUCUUAUUGUUCUUUGUGUUGGAUAA